AUGUCGCGAUGGAACGGAAAAAUCGGCAGAACGACGUCAUUAAGUGGGGCGCGCGCUAGAGAUCGGCGGGCUCCAACCCUGGGACGUCACUGCCACCUGAAUGGAGUCUCCACCGGCCGACUGGGUUCCGCUUCUCUCAUCCGUGGCCUGCACCCACCUAGCGCUUGGAGUGGCGAUCACCAUCAUCAAACCAAAGGGGCCGACGGUGUGCCUCACAAAGCCGCGAAGCUCAAAGCUCAGUUGCUAUUGAACCUUCCUCGACACCAUUGCGCGGGGCUGGCGAGAGAAAACACGGGGCUAGCAAAGCCGCCACGAGGCCUGCCGCCUGCAGAGCAUUCCGCUGUCGUCAUCCCACAUUCCACCCAGCUUCUACCGCGCCAACACCACGAACGCAGGGGCAUCGGCUUUUCUGCGCACACUACGGGGACCCUUGAAACCCCAAAGCGGCAUAGUUGCUUCCAUCUGCCUACCACGCCCACCGCAUCCACCGUCUAUCGUCUUGGCGGCUGCCCACUUGAUCUAAACGGCCGGUCUGCCGACUCCAACUCUUCUCACCCUACAUUCACAGAGCCGCACACACGUUGA